AUGUCAGACGGGAACGGGAGCGAGCAAGGUGCCUUGGACAAAGCUCAGCACCAGGAUUCACAUGAGAGCAAUAGUAACGAGCCUGGUCCCAGUCGACGUACUUCUUCGACCGUGUCGACCAGAUCACAGCGUCGCUCUCCGAACAAACCCGGUGGCAACAAGACGCCACUAACACCUGAAGAGAGCCCGCCUUUCAAGGUCGCGAAGAAACGCACAGCAGGCGUUAUCGACGGCGAAGACGAGGCGUCCGAGGAUACCAGCGCAACCCCUACGCACAGUAGAGGCAGCAGCGGAGAGGCAACGCACGUUUGCAUCUGCCAGCCGGAUCCGAGGAUUCCCAGGCCUCGUAACGCCUUCAUUCUCUACCGCCAGCAUCAUCAGGCUCAAGUUGCGUCUCAGCACCCAGGUCUUGCUAACCCAGAGAUCUCCAAGAUCAUCGGUGAGCAGUGGCAGAGUCAGCUACCCGAGGUGAAAAACAGGUGGAAAGGCCUCGCCGAAGAAGAAAAGCUCCGGCAUCAGCAACAGUAUCCGACAUAUCGGUAUCAACCGAAACGCAACGGCCGUCGCAACAGCAUCUCGUCUGACCCAGCCACAGGCGAGAAGCCAAAGUGUGCCAAGUGUGGUGGUCGAAACAUCCUCUCAGCACCGUCUCCAUUCGCACAGACGCAAGUGGACAUUGCAAGCCCGUCAUCUCUCACUCUGGCUUCCGCCAGCACACCUAUCUCACGGACACUGCCCGUGUUGAAGGAUUUGAACCUGCAGUCACCUGCAACCCAAGGUAUGGGUAGGGCCUUCCCGGGCAGCAGUAUGUCGCCCACACACAAUGGUCGUCACGAAGAUCGCGACGAUCUCGGACCGUUGAAUUCAGACGUCAAGCGUCGUAGAUACAACGGCGAGCACCCACAGUCAGUCACUCGUGUCAUCCCGCCGCGAUAUGGCCUUCCACCACCACCGCCUUCGAUCCACCCGGUUGGCCCAGGUACGCCUUUUCCGUUCAGACCAGCAGGAGUGCCUCCGCACCCGUUCGCAUCGCCGACUACGCAUGUGCACAGAGAGAGCUUGCCAGGUCUUCGAGGUGUCGUUAACGUACCCGGCCCAAUGGCAGCUCCGCCAAGGCCAGGCAUUGGCUAUCAGCAGCAUCGCAUGUCGCAGGGCCUUGUUGGGCCGGAUCGCUCGCUUACAUUGCCACCACUCCAAACCGGCAGUAUCACGGGCGCGUCCGGAGCAGCUAAUGACAAUCUGGAGAAGACAGCCGAAGAGCAGAUUAUGGCUAUGUCUUUCCGGUACAAAGUCAAGGUGCUCAGUCAAGUCGCGCCUCCCGCGCCCGUCAAUGGCACAUCUCGUGGUGCGCUCAUUGCAGUCGAAGGUGACGACCGGCAGGCAGUUGCGGAACUUGGCAAAUGGUUGCAUGAGGAGCUGAAGAAGGGAGUCGACCUCGCGGUGACAUUGUUCGACAGUCCAGACAUCUCUGCCGAUGACAGGGAGAAGGAGCCAAUGCGACAGUGUCACCUACUCGCCGCCGCAUGGCUCUUGAAAAGUGACGACAUCUUGGCCGCCAUCAGUCACAAAUCGCCCGCCGCCUUAACGGAUUCAGUCAUGCAGGACGUCACGGCCGCCGCAGACCAAGCCACCGUGGUGCAUAAGCUGUUCGAAUACCGCGACGACAGCGAGGAAGUCGUGGGUAAGGCAGUCAACGAGGAAGCCGGCGAUAGCGAUAAGGAGCAGAGUGCCCCAGACGAGCUAAUGGAUGUUGGUAAGACGCCAAUGACAAGCAAGCCGGCGACCGUCAACAUGGCCGCAGACCCUAACGUCCCAGCGAAGCUAGUCGGGCUUGUCGCAAACUACUCCCUGCACGCUAGCAAUGUUUUGGCCUGUCGCAUACCUAUUGGCCCGCACGACCCAUACUCACCCAGCGAUCACUGGCAGUGGACAGCCACUCAGUGGCGUGGCAUCAUUGGACCCGACCUCACGAUCUAUCUGCGGGACGCUGUGGUAGGAGACAAUGGCAAAGCCACCGUCGAAAUCUUGGAGGAGGGCAAUCUGUUCGUGGCCAAACGUACCCACCUCGAAGGCGGGAAGGGUUUGGAGCUGGAAGCAAGCGUGCUGCGAAGGCUCGGGUUCGAAGUAGGUGAGUGGGUGCGCGGUUUUGGUGCAGCUAAGAGUGCUUGA